AGCAAUGACAGGACGACAAUCUCCGUCUCGGUAGUUGAGGUGCAAACUCCACUUGCAGACCGGAGGGAAGCAUGGUUCCGCAGUGUGUUUGCGUGCUGGCUCUGGCGGCUCUGCUGCUGCUAGGUACCUCCACAGUCUCCAGAUCGCAGGACCUGAAGGGCCAGAAGCAUCAGAAGGCGCCGCAAAUCCCUUCUCAGUUCAGCCCAGGCGAGCGCUUCGCGAUGAAGGAAGCGCUGAAAGGUGCUAUCCAGAUUCCAACAGUGUCCUUCAGCCCCGAGAACUUGAACACAACAGCCCUGGCUCAGUUUGGAGAAUACCUUCAGACAGUCUUUCCGACCAUUUUCAAAACCAGCUUUAUUCAGCAUGAAGUCAUAGGAGAGUAUAGCCACUUGCUCACUGUCCGAGGCUCAGACCCCAGCUUGCAGCCCUACAUGCUGAUGGCGCACAGUGACGUGGUGCCCGCCCCUGACGAAGGCUGGGAGGUGCCCCCGUUCUCCGGCUUGGAGCGUGAUGGUUUCAUCCACGGCCGAGGCACAGUGGACAACAAGAACUCUCUGAUGGCGAUCUUACAGGCCCUGGAGCUCCUGCUGAACAGAAACUACAUCCCCCGAAGAUCUUUCUUCAUUGCUCUGGGCCAUGAUGAAGAGGUGUCGGGAUAUAAUGGGGCCCAGAAGAUCUCAGCCCUGCUACAGGCAAGGGGUGUCAAGCUAGCCUUCAUUGUGGACGAGGGUAACUUCAUCUUGGAUGGUUUCAUUCCCUACCUCAAGAAGCCCUUUGCUAUGAUUGGGCUCUCAGAGAAGGGUUUAAUUAACCUCAGGCUUGAAGUAAACAUGAGUCCAGGCCACUCCUCAGCUCCCCCAAAGGAGACCACCAUCGGCAUCCUCGCGGCCGCUGUUAGCCGCCUUGAGCAGACCCCAAUGCCGAACAUGUUUGGAAGCGGGCCACUGAAAAUGACACUGCAGCAACUGGCCCACGAGUUCCCCUUCCCUGCCAAUAUUAUCUUGAGCAACCUGUGGCUAUUUGGGCCGCUUGUAAGCAGGUAUAUGGAGAGGAAUUACAUAACCAACGCUCUGGUCAGGACCACUGUGGCCCUCACCAUGUUCAACGCAGGAGUCAAGGUGAAUGUCCUCCCCUCAGUGGCCCAGGCCAUGGUCAACUUCCGGAUUGACUCUGCGCAGACCGUCCAGGAGGUUCUAGACCUCGUCAAGAACAUUGUGGCUGACGACCGGGUCCAGUUCCACGUGUUGACUGCCGUUGACCCCCUUCCCAUCAGCCCCUCUGAUUCUCAGGCCUUGGGCUACCAGUUGCUCCGCCAGACCAUACAGUCCAUCUUCCCGGAAGUCAGCACUGUUGUCCCAGGCAUUUGUAUUGGCAACACAGACAGCAGACACUAUGCAAACCUCACUGCUGGCAUCUACCGGUUCAACCCCCUCUACAUGACUCCUCAGAGCUUCCGUAGCAUCCACGGAAUCAAUGAGAAAAUCUCAGUCCAGGCCUAUGAGACCCAGGUGAAAUUCCUCUUUGAGUUCAUCCAGAAUGCUGACGCAGACCAGGAGCCAGCACCCCACCAGCACGAACUGUGAGGUCAAGGAGCCAGCUGGAUUUGGGGUGCCUGACCUCAGCCGUGACUAACCCAAGGGGAAAGCUAAUGUUGAUGAAACUUUGGGUCAAAACCACUUGGUGAUCCAUCACCCACCCGCCUUACUCACUCCAGAGUCACCAAAAAGGCCAAGGGGUAGGGGUGGGCAGGCAGGAGCCUGACUUCCUCCUUCCUCCAGACAUCCGCAUACCUCGGCUGAACCAGCAUUUACUGCCUUCAUGCCCUGAUCUUACAAGUUACCAGGCUUGCUGGUCUCAUGCUGGUUAUUUAACUGCUGCUUGUUAAGGCCUGACUCGACAAAUGCAGAUUUGGAAAACCUCAGCCAGGUUUUAUCUUCUAGAAGUGUUUAAUUUAGGGCACACUCUCCAGGCUGCCCUCCAUCACUGAUAACGUUUCUUUGCGCUGUAACUGCCUUUCUCGUCCUCUGUCUUCCCUUGGCGUUUUCAGCUGGCCCUUCAUCUCUCCUCUCCUGCCCCUGCAUCCCUCCAGUUGAUGCUACAUCUGGAGCAGAACUUAGUCAAAUUGUAAGACCCCUGUAAUUACCACAACAACUGGUCAAAUAAAGUGAGCAAGGCAGCGUC